AAAUUAAAAUAAGUAACCUCUAAUAAUUAUGAUAUUUACAAACGAAUCAACGUUUACGAAAUAGUUAUUUCGUCUAGUUACAUUAUAGUAACAUAUUACAAUUUAUAUUAAUAAAGCACAGGGAUAUUUUAAUUUUACGAAGACAGAAAAAUGAUUUAUCAUCGAAUUCCGUUGAAAAUACUACCAACAGUAGUUUUGGUAAUGUUUUUAUUGGUCAAUCAACUAUUGUGCCAAAGUUUUUUGAUGAACAUGAUACAAAAAAGUAUUGGUGAAGUAUGCCGCAAAGGUGAUGGGAUAUCUUCUGACUCCAUAUGUAUGGAUAUUAAGGACUGUCAAGUUGCAAAAGAAGGACUUAAGAAAAAUAUUUAUCCUCAACAUUGCUUAUUCGAUGGCUCAAAUCCAAAUCCAAUUGUUUGUUGUCCGCAAGAUCCUGCAACAAACAAAAUAAGCAAUAUUAUUAAAUCAUAUUCUUCCAUUGAAAUGUGUGAAGAAUAUUCAAAACUAAUUUAUCGUAAUAUUACGGACCCAAUAUUAGAUGGUCAAUACAUGCUAUUUACAGAUUGUGUUGAUGCCGUUACCUUAGUUACUAAUGGUACACAGACUGUACCAAAGGAGUUUCCUCACAUGGCUUUACUAGGUUAUGAUGAAAAACCAGGCAUGUAUUCAUGGUUAUGUGGAGGUUCACUGAUAAGUAAGAGAUUUGUACUAACAGCAGCCCACUGUGAAAAAUUAGGCUCUAAAGAUACAGAGAGAUUUGCAAUAUGGGCUCGCCUGGGUGAACUAGACUAUCUUUCGGACAUCGAUGAUGCCAGACCUACAGACUACAGAAUAAUAGAACGAAUAAUACAUCCAAAGUACAAUCCAGAUUCCCAUUACAAUGAUAUAGCGUUGUUUCGUUUAGAAAAAGAUGUAGGUUUCUCAUCAUAUGUACGACCCAUUUGUCUCAAUACAAAUCAUUCUUUUACACCAACAGCAGUAGUUGCUACGGGUUGGGGUAACACUGAUACAGCUUCACUUAGAAGCCCACAUUUAUUAAAAGUGCAAAUACAAACUGUUUCGGCCGAAGAGUGCAAUAAAAAUUUUUUGUAUUUGCCAAAUAGGGAGAAAAAAAUAGCACAAGGAAUCCUUAAUGACUUAAUGGUAUGUGCUGGCAAUCCGGAAGGCGGAAAUGACACUUGUCAAGGCGAUUCAGGUGGUCCUAUUCAAAUAGAACAUAAUAGUUACAAGUGUAUGUAUUCACAAAUAGGGAUAACGUCAUUUGCAGGGCCAUUUUGUGGACAAGCGAAUUCACCUGCUGUUUAUACUCGAGUAUCAAACUAUAUUUCAUGGAUUGAACAAAUUGUCUGGCCAAAAGUUUAAAAACUAAUUAAUAAUUAAAUUGUUUUAUACUCUAUUUAUAGUCAUCUUUUCAAAUUGGUUAUAGUAUCUGUAAAUUAUGUUUAUGUUUUUUAUGUUUAUACUCUAAAAUUGUCUUUGCCUAUAUCAUAAUAGAUGUACAAUUAAUAACACAGAUAUAAUAUAGAAACCUUAUAUUAUUAUAAUCAUAAUAUACAUAAAAUAAGACUA